AUGGGCAUCAAUGGCAACCACUGUUCCUUCGUCUUACUUGCCGAAUUCCAUAUCUUGGAAGGGGCACAAUUGAAGUAUCAGUUUCCCCAACCACUCGGUGUCGAUGAAAGCAUUCUGGCCAUGUCAAUGUUGCCGGAUGGCGCGGAGGCACAACUGGAUGAUUGGACAAUAUUCUUCUUGAACCAGACCCCAUUCAAUACGAUUUCCCCGGUUCUCGCUCUUGAUACACCAGAAACGCGCUCGAUAGACCUUCCAGUAGAAGGCGCCGAUGGAGGCCAGGGCAAGAAGCAGGACCUGCUGUGUGUGCUUAACCUAGUGCGGACGAAACACGACAAGACUUUGGAUCGGGGAGCCAAAGUCAUGGCUCUGGCCAUCUGUACCCGCCACCCAUUCAUCCAAAUCUUCAAACCCCUGUUGCUCAUGGCCUUGGAUGACUAUUUUGCGGACCCAUCUCAAGAUUGUCUAGCUCGCCUAUUCGACGCAGUGAACGCCAUCGACCUCUCUGCUGCACCGGUUCUCAGUCGGAGCGAAAAGUUGGUCAUGCGGUCGUCAGAGAGGAAAGACAUAUUUUUGGAAAAGUUCGCCCAUCUCGCCCCGCAACAAAACUCGGCCUACACACCGGGAGUCAAAGCUUAUACCCACAAGUCUUCCAACUCUAACGAUUCAUACUCAAGCUUUGAAGAUGGGCUGUUGAUGCGGGCUCGUGAUCGUGACAAGCAAACUGCACGGAAAGAGCACCCGAUGCGGCAGGAAGAGAAUGGGACGGCACCAGGACCUCCGCCUUCUCAGUCCCGCGACUCGCCCUCGGACUCAUCCUUCUCGCUGGGCGGAAGUGCUGUUUGGGUUGGAGAUGAGACGGGGCUGGAUUUGAUUGGGAAGGAGUCGAAUGGUGAUUCUCAUAGCGCUACAUCGCACACAGGCAGCAGCACCUUGGUGGCUUCGUCCCAGCAACGCCGGUCCAUUGACGCAUCUUCAUCCUCCUCUCAUCUCAUGAACAAAGAGCUCCCUUCUAAACCCUUUCCCCAUGGUCUCCACGACCUCCACCGUUCCAACGUUGUCAAGGAUACACACUUCUACCACACCACAGUCGGCUACAAGGACCAUCAACUGCCGAUAAAGAUGCCUCUAGCCACCUUUGCGGAAGAAGUUGGAGAUUAUUCCUUGAUCACGCUUAUUAAAGUGUUCUCUAACCACCAGCAAGUAUCUGGACCACUACACCCGCAUCUACAUACCAAUGGGCCCCAGACUCAUCCGAUCAUCAUCCUCUUCAAUGCCCUGGUGACAGGGAAGCGCAUCAUCUUCCUUGGCCACAAACGACCCGCAGGAGAAGUCUCCAGUUUCGUUCUUGCUGCAUGUGCUCUUGCCUCUGGAUGCGGUGCUGUCUUGAGAGGGUUUAUCGAACGCGCAUUCCCUUACGCCAACCUUCGAAACAGGGAUGAUUGGGAAUCUGUACCGGCUUAUAUCGCAGGUGUAACCAAUCCCAUCUUCGAGGCUUCGAAGAUGUGGGAUCUCCUUCUUGACAUUAGCACCGGCAACGUAACGGUCGCCAAAGACAUCCACGUCACUUACCCAGUGUCAAACACCAUUGGUCUCUCAGCCCCCUUAAUAACCCGCUCUGGCACUCUGAAACCCGAAUCCUCCGUUGGAAGUGAAGAGGAAAUUGCGAGGCUUGCAAAAGAAGGUGGCAAGGACUACCAGUAUAAAGACAACAAUGCUGAUAGAAUCUUCAUUGAGGAUAUCAGAGCGGCCAUUGAAGAUCACUUUGGGGAAAGUCUAGUGCGGACAAGGUUCACGGAAUAUGUCUUGAGGUUUGUGCGACUUGCUUCACGGUAUGAAGAAGAGACGACGGGGUCGACCAAGUUUGGUUUCCCGAGUUCUCCGUUCACAGAAGUGCCUGGACAACCUCCGCAGCUUGGAAGUGGGCUCGCUUUCAAUGACGAAGCGAGCUGUCUCAAGGAAUUAGCUUCGAAUGCCCACCGUAUUGAAGCAUGGAAGAAGACGAACAGUUAUCAGUAUCUUGUAGCGGACUAUGCGAAAUACCAGGCCGCGUGUCCUGUCAAAGGGUUCGACCUUGUUCAUCAAUUGGCAAGAUUCCGGUAUGCAAAGAAUAUGAGCGACACGGAAACAUUGGCCAUAAUGAAGACACUUGCGGACAAUGUCAAGACUUAUGAGCAGGUGGUUGAGCUUCUUGCUUGCCUGCCUCAUGGUCAUGGGCUUCUCUACAUAGCCUUUGGGCUCUUCCACCCGCAUGAAGCCGUUCGAGAUGCAACGAUUGAUUUGUUUAACCAAAUUCGAUCCUAUUCCGUUGGAGUGUUGUUCCUUCAGGCGCUGAAUCAUUUCCAGCGUUAUGCCUAUGUCCGGCAGGCUCAUGCCAAGGAGCGCCGAACGGUGUCUGAUUUGCAAUAUGAUCAACGAUAUCCGGGUGCCAGCGACGCUAGCUACGGGGUCCCCGGACCCGUUGCUCGAGCCCACUCGAAUUCCGUGGCUAGCGAUAGGUCUCUCAAUUUUUGA